AUAACUUCCUUCCUUCUCAUGAAGUACUGUACCGACUGUCUUGACACCAUCAGGAGUCCAGCAUGCUGCAGCCAAAGAUCCAGCCCAGUGAUGGACUGUCCUUCAGGACCUGCAGUGUUUUCAUUUUCAUGGUUCUUCAGUCUGUUGGAGAGCAGUCACAGUUAAUUUGUUCACAUCAACCGAUCGUGGCCCUGGCUGGUGAUGAUGUCAUUCUACCAUGUCACCUUGAACCUCCCAUGGAUGUCAGGUCAGAGACCGUGGUGUGGACCAGAACUGAUUUAGACCCAAAGUACAUCCAUGUUCAUGAAGAUGGACGACCGGUGUACAGGAGUCAAAAUCCAUCUUUUAAGAAUCGCACCGCUCUGUUUGUGGAUGAACUGAAGAACGGAAACGCCUCCAUGAAAAUCUUCAAAGUGAAAAUUUCUGAUACAGGAAAAUAUUUGUGUAUCUUGAAUUCACUGAUGAAGCACACGUCCAUCCAACUCACUGUUGGUGUCAUCUCCACGCCCGUCAUAGAGUUUGUCUCCAAUCAGAGCAGAGAGGUGGUUUUACAGUGUGAGGCUAAAGGCUGGUAUCCAGAGCCUGAGGUGUUCUGGCUGGACGCUGAGGGAAACCUCCUCUCUGCUGGACCUACAGAGACAGUCAGAGGUCCUGAUGACCUCUAUACUGUCAGCAGAAGAUUGACUGUGGAGAAGAGCGACAGCUUCACCUGUAGAGUCCAACAGAAGAACAUCAACCAGACCAGAGAGACACACAUCUAUGUUCCAGCUCAUUUCUUCGGGACCUCAUUUCAGUUUGCCGUGAUCCUCUCCAUCAUCAUCAUCAUCCUCUCCAUCAUCAUCAUUAGUGUUGGAUUCUUGGGGGUGAUGCUCAGAUUAUUAUGGUUAAAAAAGCAGACGCUCGGGGAAGGAGGAAGCAACGGGAGGACCAGCAACCAGCAUCAGAUGUCGAGAAGACAAAAGAUGAGACGCUGCUUUGAACAUGGACUGAAACCUCCCAAAGUGACCAAAAACAACCAGGAGGUGGCAGAAAAGAACAUCUCAGGAAAUCUUUGUGACACUGGAACAUCUCAUCUGAUGUGUUGAGUUGUAGUGAACAUUGAGAGCUGGGGCUGAUUGAUAAUUUUAGAUAAUAAUCAUAACAGACAGACAGAGCCUUCUCUGCAGCUGCCCCCUCCCUCUGGAACUCUCUCCCCAAACACAUCUGUGACUGUACUGACCUGCCCACCUUCAAAACU